UUUUCCACUGUCUUUUCUUCUUGAAAAGCAUAGCCUACAGGAUUUACAAUGGCAAAAAUUUUAUUAAUGUAAUUAUUAGUUGAUUAACCCUUCAGUCCCUGUUGUUUUCCUUGCCUCUGAUAGACAUCCAAGAAUGUGUCAAAAACUUCAAAUCAGCUUUUUUUAAGAGUGGUCCAUCCACUAAGAGAAGGGAGGAAAAAUCAAGAACUUCUACUAUGGUGCCAAAAUCAUGCUUGUCAAUGAUCUAGCAACUGAAAGUGAAGGUUGGAUUAAGAUAACGAGUUCGAUUCUGGUACCCAAUAACCGUGCCACAGUUGCAAUCAGCACUACUUCAGCUAGUACAAGUAUACUUUUCCUUCUUCACAUACCUAACUUUCUUUGUAAUUUCAAGAUUCACACUUUGGCUACAGCUUUAUGGCUAAAUAUGGUGCAAGACUGGUCUUUCCUAUAGAUGUGAAGAAGAAGCCAUGGGAGCAAAAACUCCCCCUUCACAACCGGUGGCAUCCGGACAUACCCCCGGUCGCGGAGGUCACGACUGGAGAGCUUUUUAGGAUUGAGAUGGUGGACUUCAGUGGGGGUAGAAUUACACAAGAAAACUCUGCAGAGGACAUCAAACAUGCUGAUCCUUCUAUUGUCCAUUAUCUCAGUGGACCAAUCAAAAUUCUGGACAAGGAAGGAACUCCAGCCAAGCCAGGUGAUCUCCUUGUGGUUGAAAUUUGCAACUUGGGUCCUCUUCCUGGAGAUGAAUGGGGUUUUACUGCAACAUUUGAUAGAGAAAAUGGAGGAAGUUUUUUGACUGAUCAUUUCCCUUGUGCAACCAAAGCUAUUUGGUAUUUUGAAGGAAUAUAUGCCUACUCUCCUCACAUACCAGGGGUACGAUUUCCAGGUUUGACUCACCCUGGAGUAGUUGGAACUGCACCAUCAAUGGAACUCCUCAAUAUAUGGAACGAAAGGGAAAGAGAUGUUGAAGAGAAUGGGCUAAAAUCUUUCAAACUAUGCGAGGUUUUGCAUUCUAGACCACUAGCAAAUCUGCCAUCGACAAAAGGAUGCCAUCUUGGGAAGAUCCAGAAGGGGACUCCUGAAUGGGAAAAGAUUGCCAAGGAGGCGGCAAGAACAAUCCCAGGAAGAGAGAACGGAGGAAACUGUGACAUAAAAAAUCUCAGUAGAGGUUCAAAAGUAUACCUUCCGGUAUUUGUAGAAGGAGCAAAUCUUAGUACUGGUGACAUGCACUUCUCUCAAGGCGAUGGUGAAGUCGCAUUCUGCGGCGCAAUCGAGAUGAGUGGUUUUCUAGAGCUCAAGUGUGAAAUUAUAAGGGGUGGAAUGAAGGAGUACCUUACACCAAUGGGACCAACUCCUCUUCAUGUGAGCCCAAUCUUUGAGAUAGGCCCAGUGGAGCCAAGAUUCUCAGAGUGGUUGGUAUUUGAGGGAAUCAGUGUUGAUGAGGGUGGGAGGCAGCAUUACCUUGAUGCAAGUGUUGCUUACAAGCGUGCAGUGCUAAAUGCCAUUGAUUACCUCUCUAAAUUUGGUUACUCCAAGGAACAGAUGUAUCUUCUGCUAUCAUGCUGCCCAUGCGAAGGUAGGAUUUCUGGAAUAGUUGAUGCUCCUAAUGCUCUUGCAACCCUGGCAAUCCCAACAGCUAUCUUUGACCAGGACAUUCGUCCCAAACCCAGCAAGGUGCCUGUUGGACCCCGGGUGGUGAGGACACCAGAUGUCCUAAAAUGCACUUAUGAUGGAAACUUGCCCAUCACAAAGAACCCCAGCGCCAUGUCAUAACUACAACCAAGGUACUUCAUGGAAGCAGCUGAUGAAUCUGGCCAAAUCCUCCAUGCUACAUUUCACUUAUCUACAGAUUCAUCACAUGGACGCACAAUUGUAAUUUUUAUGCACUUUUCAUCUGUCCAUUUAACUUGGGUUAUGCUUUUGUUAUGUAGACAAAGAGCAUGUAAAAAAAAAAAAUGCUCAACCAACAAUGUUCACUAGCCUAAACAUAAUUAUGCUCAAUGAAAAUGGACACAUUCCUUA